UGCCUUUGUAUUCCUGGCAUUCCCCUUUGUCUCGUUCCGCCACACGCCCUUCAUUCACGCCAGACAUCGAUAUAGACUUUAGGCUAUCUUCCCUUUGUCGAAACCUAAACGAUGUCCGUAACUAUUGAAAACAUUCCUGUCGAUGCCAAUUCCCGGUCACCUUUGCCUCGAUCAUCUGCUACACACGAGGAGCAUCCACAGGCCUCUUCAGCUGACCCCAGUUCUCCAAAGCCCGACGAAAAGGCGUCGCCAACAACGACAGUGCCCGAGGUGAACGUCAAUGGCGAGCCAAUACACAGUCCAAGGCCUUCGACAGGCUCGAACGGGACAGAUGAUGAAACAGUGUGGGGAUCCAACUUCUGGGUCACUUUGGUUGAUCCACAGGUGCGCAUAUAGCCAGCUUAUUUCUGAAUGACAAAGAACUGAAGCUAUCUAUCAAAGACUAGCGCACUGUUCUUUGCAUGUCCUGCAACUGGUCAAGUCAGUUGGGAUCCCCCU